CAAUGGACGUCAUUUAAGCGCAGACUCCUGCCUUGAGUUGCGUCCUCCGCUUCACGCCCGAUUUCCGACCAUUCUUUCCUUAUUAUUAAGUAUUCCUGUAAUAUUAAUAGUCAUGAAUGCGUUCUAUUAGGAGUCCAAGAGGAAGACGAAGAAGCGGCUCUUUUGCUAAUAUGAGCUCAAGCGAGGGGACAGCAGCACUGUGAUAGAAGCCAGGAGAGCAGGGAGAAAAGAGGGCUCACACCAAGAGAAACUUUUCGACCCAAAUCCGCCAGCACCGUCGAACAUCUGCGUUUUUAGACCCAAAUGAAGGGCAGCGGGGAUCUAACCGUUUAUUUCUGAUGGAUUAUCGUCCUGCUGCUGUGGCACAUAUCUGAUCGUCGGGGCCAUCGUGAUCGUGCAGGAGUCUUUUCGGAGGGCUCACAUCUUUUUUUUUUCCUUUUUGUUUGUUUUGUUUUGUUUUGCUGGUUGAUUCCCUGUGCUCGCCCCUCCAGCACCCGAAGUGGUUUUUUUUCUUAACUGAUUAUUCUUUUCUUGAGUCGCACCUCAAAUCCUUUUAGAUGUUAGUGCACAGUUUUUCCGCGAUGGACCGUCACGACGGCACCAGCAACGGGACAGCCAGGCUACCUCAGCUGGGCGGCGUGGGCCAGAGUCCCUACACGAGCGCCCCUCCGCUCUCCCACACACCGAACUCGGACUUCCAGCCCCCGUACUUCCCCCCGCCCUACCAGCCCAUCUACCCGCAGUCUCAGGACCCUUACUCGCACGUCAACGACCCGUACUCCCUGAACUCCCUGCACGCCCAGCCGCAGCCGCAGCACCCGGGCUGGCCGGGCCAGAGGCAGGGUCAGGAGAGCGGCCUGCUGCACCAGCACCGCAGCCUGCCCCACCAGCUGUGCCGGGAGUACCGCAGGGAAGUGCUUCUACCGUCCGGCCACGGCAUCGACACGGGACUGUCGGACUCUAUCCCUAUCCAUGGAAUACCUCACUCUUUAGAAGACGUUCAGCCUGUUGACGAUCAAGGAGUUCACAUUCCCGACCAGACUGUAAUUAAAAAAGGUCCAGUGUCUUUAUCCAAGAACAACAACAUCUCCGCCAUCCCCGUAAAUAAAGACGGUCUUUUCGGAGGGGUGGUAAACCCCAACGAGGUGUUCUGCUCGGUUCCGGGUCGCCUGUCCCUCCUCAGCUCCACAUCAAAGUACAAGGUCACGGUGGCGGAGGUGCAGAGACGCCUCUCGCCGCCCGAGUGCCUCAACGCCUCUCUGCUGGGCGGGGUGCUGAGGAGGGCCAAAUCUAAGAACGGAGGAAGAUCCUUAAGGGAGAAGCUGGAUAAAAUCGGCUUGAAUCUACCUGCGGGCAGACGCAAGGCAGCCAACGUCACCUUGCUGACGUCACUGGUGGAAGGCGAAGCGGUACAUCUUGCCAGGGAUUUUGGUUAUGUAUGCGAGACCGAGUUCCCAGCCAAGGCAGUAGCUGAAUAUGUAAACCGUCAGCAUUCCGACCCAAACGAACAAGUCCAAAGAAAAAACAUGCUAUUGGCCACAAAGCAAGUCUGCAAAGAGUUCACAGACCUGCUGUCCCAGGACCGCUCGCCGCUGGGAAACUCACGGCCGCAGCCCAUUCUUGAACCGGGAAUCCAGAGCUGUUUGACCCACUUCAGUCUAAUCUCGCACGGUUUCGGGACCCCGGCGCUGUGCGCGGCCGUCACGGCCCUGCAGAACUAUCUGACCGAGGCUAUCAAGGCCAUGGACAAAAUGUACCUCAACAACAACCCCAACAGUCACUCAGAUAACGGCACUAAAGGCGGAGACAAAGACGAGAAGCACAGAAAGUGAUGUUUCCAUCCCACCUUCACCGGGGGCCAAACCCCGGGGCCAAACCCCGGGGCCCUUCUUCUACACCGACCCACACCCCUCCGCCUCGCCCCGGCCCCCACCCAUCCAAUAUAAAUAUUAUAAAUACCUUAUAAAUACUAUUGAUAAAGUUAAACGUGCCACUUCCUGAUCUUGCGCGGUUUUACAUGUUUUCUUUUUACAUCCCACUUUGGAUUCACGGGAAAACGACGCAAGAAUCUUCUUCUUCCAACACCUGAACCGUACGAAAUGUUAUUAUUAAAAAAAAAGAAAAGAAAAGAAAAGAAAUGAAAAGAAAAGAAAAGAAAAGAAAGGCUGCAGAGGAUCAGCUCCAGGGCGAGGAAAAAGGUGUACUGCCUCAGCCAGAGGACUUUUUAUGUACCCCCCCCAUCUUAUUUUUUAUGAGCUGCAACGAAAGGACUGAAAUCCAGCGACCCCUCCGAUAUCUCAAAGCUCAAUUUUACUGAUUUUACGAUUGUGACGAAAAGCGAAGCUAAAAGAGGACGAAUUCUUAUCAGUAUUGUGAAUAAUAAACUUGAAAAACAAAGAGAAAUUCCACAGAGCUCCAUGUCAUGACUUCAGUUGUAGACUCUCUCUCUCUCUCACUCUCUCUAUCCAAGCGACCAACUUGAACUUUUUGAAUUUCAACACGAUUCACGGUUAUAUAAGGGAAUCAGUGUUCAUGUAUGUAUAUAUUUAUUUAUGUGUAAUUUAAUGGGAAUUGUAAAUAUGGUGCGUCUGUUGAAACUUCUUUUUUUAUUUAUCUGGUGCCUCCUGUUUUAGUGGGUUUGAAUAUUCGGUUAGUUCUUCAUGUGAUUUUAUGGUUCUUAGAAAAACAGAAGUUUGGGGUAUUUUUAUUUCUCUGGGAUAUUUCAAUUUCAGCCCUCUUGUAGCAUGUUGAGGCGACAUUGAAGCAAGUGAACAAAUUUAAUAGAAAUAAACUUCCAUUUCUCUCUCUAUAUAUCAUCCUUAUUCAGUUUUUUUAAAUUUGAGACAGAGUGUAAGUGAGGACCCUGAGGAGAACUCAUUUUUUUGUGUUUCUAUUUUCGUUUUUAUACAAGCUUUUAUGUGUUGUGCCAAUCAGAAUACGUUUCACCUCUUGUUCUCUCCUUGAAGCACCAUAAAAGCAAUAAAUGGAAUAUUGUCUUUUUUAAAUGUUGGAAGACAUUCAAAAAAACAUUUUUUGGGACCACCUGAUAUCUUGUUAUGUCCGAUAAUGUCCAAAAUUGGAGGCGGUUUUAGCUGUAUUGUAUAGACAUGUGCUGGCAAUAGUUCCCAUGCCUGUCAAUGUAUUAUAGUCCUUUGUUGCCCAGAAAAAAAAUAAAUAUUUGAUACGCUUCA